AUGGCUUCACUAAAGUCUACCGCCUUCUUGCUUGGCCUAGUGAGUGCUGUCAAAGCCUCUCUAUACGGUGAGAGCAAACAGAACCACACUUGCAUCCUCGCUACUGCCGAUCAAGUCGACACCUGUUGCACCGAAACCUUUGGGGGUCUUUUGCUCAGCACCCAAUUUUGGAAUACCUAUACUGGUCUCGAAGCUCAAGGCCAAAAGCUACCACCCAAUUCUUUCACGCUUCACGGACUUUGGCCGGACUUCUGCAAUGGUUCAUUUACGCAAUAUUGCGAUUUGAAUCGUCAGUACGAUCCUGCUCCGGCGCCGAACACGACAAAUGGCCUGCCGAACGGAACCGUGGUACCGGCUUAUACGGGGCCGAAUGUGGGCACGUUCCUCGAGCCCUUUGGACGAUUUGACCUGUUGGACUGGAUGAACAAGUUCUGGAUCAACCAAGGGGCGCCAAACCACGAUUUCUGGGGCCACGAAUUCUCCAAACAUGCGACUUGUUACUCAACCUUUGAUCUGCCUUGCUACGGGCCGGAGUACGUCGAACACGAGGAUGUGGUGGAUUUCUUCGAGACAGCCAUCAAGUAUUACAAGAGAUUGCCGACAUGGGAGUGGCUGAACGAGGCCAAGAUUGUUCCCAGUAAUAGCACGACCUAUUCGUUGAGUGCCAUUCAAGGACAGUUGGCCAAAAAGUACGGUGCGGUGCCGUAUAUCGGAUGUUCAGGGCCAAGAUAUAAUACGACGAAGGAGGGAAUGGCAGCCAAUAGCACCGACAGCGGGCGCACCGUCCUCAGCGAAGUGUGGUACUAUAUGCAUGUUGUCGGACGUCCUCAAGACGGCAAUUCCAUUCCGGUCAAUGCUACUGCUCCAAACACGACCUGUGCAAAGGCCAAGGGCGCGAUCCACUACUACGAGCCGACGCCGGGCUCCGUACAGGAAGACUAG